UGGAACGAGACCCUCACUAUCCAUGGGUGCCCUCUGACGUUUCCCCCCUGUCUCAUGCCCAUAUUUUCCCGCAAAUCAAAGGCAAUCCACCUCGAACUUUGUGCCUCAUAUGAGUCUGGACAUACUGAGCUUGUGGGUGCGUUUGAGACGACUUUCGGACAAGUACUCGUGAACUAUGGACAGUCUACGCAUGACUCUUAAGUUGAAAGCGCAGCGUAUCAAAACAACACAGCCUGUCGCUCACGCUAUGAGCGGUACUGCCGAGGGUGAUGUGGCUGGUCAACCUGUGCACAGCCCAGCAGUGGUUCGAUCGACCGACGGAACGAGACAACCUCCGUCUUCACACGCGUCAUCGAGCAGCAUGGAAACACCCCCACGGGGAAGAAACGUUGUCAUCUUCGGCGAAACAGGCUCAGGCAAGAGUUCUAUCAUCAACGCUAUCGCGAAAAACCAGCUUGCGAAGACGACCAAUGAUGCUGAUGGAUGCACUUCUAGUGUUCAACGCUACCCAGUGGAUAUUUCAGGCCAGAGCUUUGUCCUUUUUGAUACUGCGGGUCUUGGAGAAGGGCCUGCAGGCACAGUGCCGGAUCCGGAGGCGAAAAGACAGUUGAAGAACUUACUACGUCGGCUCAUGAGCUCUAGGUCGCCGUCAGAUGGUAUCGACCUUCUGGUGUACUGCAUGUCGUCCAGCAGAAUGCCUGGCCUUACCACCAUCGUUCAGACCUACGACAUGUUUUACUCUAGGACCUGCAGGAAGAAGGUCCCAAUCGUCAUCGUCAUCACAGGAUUGGAGAACGAACCGAACAUGGAGAGCUGGUGGGAUGAAAACAAGGGUAGGUUUGAGAGAGAAAGCAUGCAUUUCACAGACCAUGCUUGUGUCACGGCACUUCAGGAAUACCCAGACAUCCCGGACGACGUCACUCGUCGCAUUGCAGAGUCUAGCGACACUCUACACAAUCUUCUUGUCAACAAUUGCUCGCAUUGAGCUGUCAAUAUUUCAAUGACGGUUGGUCCAAUCGUGUUGCUGGAUUGUGCUGCGCGUUGUCGCCGUGGUCAAAAUAUUGAUGAUCUUGUAUAUGUUUCUUUCCUUUUUAUAUAUAGUCAGUGUUACUCCUUUCUAUUCAUUUUGGUUCGCCAUCUCCACACCAUCCAUACAUUUUUUAAGAUAAUCUAAUUUAUUCAAAGUUGUCAUGAAUUGCAGA